AUGAAGGUCCUGGCUCUCUGUGUUCUUCUUUGCGCCAUGAUGGCUCUGACCGAGUCUGCAGGUGAGUCUAUCAAACACAAACAGCGGUUCGGUCUUGAUGCAUUUUUUCUUGGGAAUUUUCAGUCGUGUCGUUUCAUGUUAAGUAAACUAGUGUACUCAGUAAUACUUCUUACUCUCCAUGUUUUGCGGUCCAGUAGUUUGGAAAAAGAUCGGUUGUCGCUAUUUCGCCUACAUCGCCACAAAGAUGUCUUGGGAUGACGCAGAGGUAUGAAAUCAAUCACGUGGGCUACAUAUGGAUUCUACGUUAAUUUCAGUUUGAUAACUCACAGAUUUUUUCUGUUUAUCUUCACUCAGCAAAACUGUUAUCAACUGGGAGGUCACCUGGCAUCCAUACAUUCAUCCUCGGAGCACAUAGGACUUAAAGCUCUGAUAACAGAUAACGCCAGCUGGAACCCAAAUGUGUGGAUUGGAGGCACUGAUCGUUCCAGGGUAUGUCAUUAAUGUUGAUCAAGAAAACAAAGCUGGAGCCAGGUGCCGAUGACGUAGCAGUCCAAGCGCCCUACAUGUAGGAGCUCCCCGUCUUUCUGGUCGAUCAUUUGCUGCAUGUUCUCCCCGCUCUCUGCUCCCCACAUUUCCUUUUUUUCUUUAGAUGCUUCUCUUUAGUAAUUGUGAUGUGGGCUGAAACAAUCCCUCGAGUACCUCAAUUACAAAAAACGAUUGAGGAACUGAUUAUUUUCAAGGUGACACAGCACACUUGCGUCACCACAGUGGGAGGAGGAGGAAACAGGGUUUUAGUUUUGAGGAGCGGAAAAAAAUAAUGAUGAAGGGGGGGGGGGGGACAAAAACAGCGAAAUGACGAAAGAGAGAACGAUAAACUAACACCACUUCAUAACACCUUGAUGGACCAAAGGGCCAAUGGUGGUGGACAGCUCCUCCUCUCUCUUCACUGCAGGACAGAAAGACUCAGAAGAUCUUUUGUACCAACAGCCAUCAGACAAGAUAACUCUUGUGUAAAUAGAAGAUAACUUUUAGAGACAACAGACAAUUGAAUUUCCCUUCAGAGAUUAAUUAAGUUCUUCUUUUUAUUCUUAAAAAAGUCAAAAAAGUCUAAGGUGUGGGUGGUCAGUGACACAGAGCUGCUCUGCCUGUCUGCUCCGGUGUGGAGGAGCUUCUCACUCUGUGUCUGCAGCUGUAGUAUGACACGGCGUCUGCAGGAGUCUUCUGCUACCAGACUUUGUCACCGUUCGUAUAGUGACGGUUAUAUGCGUGUUUCCAGUGCAAAAUGAAGAAACAACGUUUCUGUGUUCUGAUGUUUUUAAUGUAAUCUGCUCUGUUUUCCAGGGUAAGGUUUGGCGCUGGACAGACGGUUCUCCUUUUGUGUUCAGUAACUGGUGCGGCAAAGAGCCAAGCGGGGGUUAUGCCACAUGGCAGCGCUGUUUGCAGAUGAAUUACAGCGGUAAAUAAAAACAGUUACUGACUUUAAAAUGCAUAGAGGUGAUGUGUUUGUGCAAAGUGCUGCUAUGUGACAGUUUUUUUAUUUUACUGACAUGCAAUUUAGAAAAUUGUUUAUACGUGAUUUUGCAAAUUUUAUCAAACCGUCGAUAACAUUUCCCUGUCCUGUUUUUCUGAUAUUCACAGAUGGUAAAUGCUGGGAUAAUCUCGAAUGUUGGGGCAAAAUUCCCUCUAUCUGUGUUAGGGAUUAG